AUGGAUACCAGUAUUCCGUACGAAGAUUUAAUUGCUUGUUACAAACGAACCGAACGACAAGAGAUGAUGAUAGCUGCGCCAUUAGACUUAUCAUUUAAAAAAGCAACUACAAUGAGAGAAUUGGCAGACAAACGACCACAAGCAGCACGAACAGGUAAAAUUCCGUUACGAACGCCUACAGAUCGUUUUGUAACAUGUUCGUUCUGGUUAAGCCAUAAUUUAUUAACUUCAAUGGACGGAUUUGAAAAUCUUGCGUAUAAACUUCUUGAUGAUCCUGCACACCUCAGCUGGCUUGAUCUUUCCUUUAACGAAAUAAAGAAAAUCGGCGAUGACAUUACAAAAUUCCCAAAUUUAAAAAUUGUUUAUUUACACGGAAACGAUAUAUCGAAUAUCAACGAUGUUGUAAAGCUCAAAACCUUGCAAAAUCUUCGAUCUUUAACAUUGCACGGAAACCCCAUUGAAAAUCUUCAAUACUACAGAGGAUAUAUUGUUCAUAUCCUACCGCAAUUGUCAGCACUCGACUUUUCGGCUAUACUUUCUGCUGAGAAGAAGAGAGCACCACCAGCUGGAUUUUAUAAAGUGAUAUACGGUACUACAUGA